AUGUCCGCCCAGUUCUCCGGCCGCCAAUCCCCGCCCCCCGAGCGUCAGACCGGCGCCCAGGAGAACUCGCCCCCCGGCUCCGGCCGCACAGACCCCAAGUUCGCUCCCCCGCCCGAGUACGCGCCCAAGACUGCGGAGGCGCAGGGGUCCGCUCAGGAAAGCCAGACUGCGGGCCUGAGCAGUAACCCCAAGCAUAUCCUUGAGGAUAUUGAGAACGCGAAGUACACGAAGGGGACGGGGAACUAA